AUGGACAGGGCCUCAUCUGUGAGGAGCUAUAGAUUCCAUGUGUCAGGGAAGCCAGUGACCCGUGGGGACUUUCAAGCUACCUCAGGCCUUCUCCAACAUGAGGCCACUCCCAAUAGUGAGAAGCCCCAGAGCAGCACUGAGUGUGGGGAGCCCUUUAACAGUGGAAAAAGUCACAAGUGGAUUGAAAGUAGGAGAGGUUUCAGUAAUACACCCCCAUUUCCCCACCAGAGAGUUUGCACUGGAGAAGGUCAUGAUGAGUGUAGCACAUCGGGGGGAGGCCUCAGCUUUAAUUGCAGGCUUGUUCAGCACCAGCAAACUCGCCCUGGAGAAAAGCUGUACAGGUGUGAUGAAUGUGGAAGAUUCUUUAACCGCAAAACCCACCUUAGUCGACACUGGAGAGUUCACACUGGAGCAAAGCCCUUUAAGUGCACUGAAUGUGGCAGAUCUUUUAGCCAGAAAUCUGAUCUCCUUCAACACCAAAGAAUUCACACAGGAGAAAGGCCUUAUGAGUGCAGUGAAUGUAAGAAAUGCUUUAUCCAGAAAUCCAUCCUUGUUAAACACCAGAGAGUUCACACUAAUGAAAGGCCUUAUACGUGCAAUGAAUGUGGGAAGUCGUUCAGCCAAAGUUCUGGCCUCCUUCGACACAAGAGAGUGCACACUAGAGAGAGGUCUUAUGAAUGCACUGAGUGUGGAAAGUGUUUUAUCAAAAAAUCUGUCUUCAUUCAACACCAAAGAGUUCACACUGGAGAAAGGCCUUAUGAGUGCAGUGAAUGUAAGAAAUCCUUUAUCCAGAAAUCCAUCCUUGUUAAACACCAGAGAGUUCACACUAAUGAAAGGCCUUAUAAGUGUAAUGAAUGUGGGAAGUCGUUCGGCCAAAAUUCUGGCCUCCUUCGACACAAGAGAGUGCACACUGGAGACAGGCCUUAUGAGUGCAGUGAUUGUGGGAAAUCCUUUAUCCAGAAAUCUGUCCUCAUUCAACACCAAAGAGUUCACACUGGAGAAAAACCUCAUGAAAAUAGUGAAUAUGGGAAAUUUAGCUGCAAAACUUACCUCAUUCAACACUGGACAGUUCACACUGGAGCUAAGACUCAUGAGUGCAGUGAGGGCGAGAUUGUUUAG